AUGUACAACCACUCAGACGCCAGCUUUGAUGCUGCUGCUUCCGAGAUACGACAGCUAUGGACAAUGCAAGAGGAGCAGCGCUUCUUGCCUCGACCUGUCGCCUGCCUCGCCCUCGUCGAGAAAAUUGAGCUGGUCGAGGAGCACGCAGGGAUUACAUACGUGCGCAAGAACGGGCAGUUAAUUGAUGAUUAG